UCUACAAGGAAAGUCCGACAGUUGCUUUUGUGUUUUACUGUCUACUUAAAGAAGGACAAUACUUAUAUAUUUAUCAAUUUAUUUAUUUAUUAAUCUAUUUUUUGCGGAGUCUUUUUGCGGACAGUGAUCAGCAGCGGAGGAUUCAACAUGCCAGACUUCUAAGAAGACAUCCAUUCUUCCCCCUCUUAUUUUUUCUUUCCCUCUGUGGAAGUAAUCGCCACAGUGUGAGCGCAGAAGAUGGGGGCAAAAAUGAACCAAACCAAAGGAAAUAUACUCUCUUCGGCACUACUCAAACUCCUGCUUUUCGUCGCGAUUUUGCACGGCGUCACCGGUAAGACUUUGAAAUAUAAAGUUUACGAGGAGCAAAAAGUGGGCACGGUUAUCGCACGGUUAAAGGAGGAUGUAGCCGGGGUUUUGGCCAAACUACCCAGUUCCCUGACCUUUCGGUUCCGCGCUAUGCAACGGGGGAGUACGCCGUUCCUGUCUGUCCGGGAGGAGGACGGAGAAAUCAGCAUUGGCACCAAAAUUGACCGCGAGAAGCUUUGUGAGAAAAACUUAAACUGUUCGAUUGAAUUCGAUGUGGUCACCCUCCCGACGGAGUACCUGCAGCUGUUUCAUGUGGAAGUAGAAGUGCUGGACAUUAACGACAACUCCCCGCACUUCUCCCGCGCCAUAGUCCCUAUUGAGAUCUCCGAGAGCGCAUCCGUGGGGACUCGGGUCCCUCUGGACGGCGCAGUGGAUGCGGACGUCGGGGAUAACUCGCUGCACACUUACUCCCUCACCCCAAAUAACUUCUUUAAGAUCGAGGUGAGAACCAGGACGGAUGGGGCCAAGUACGCAGAGCUGGUAGUGAUGCGCGAGCUUGACCGGGAGGUGCAGUCCAAUUACCAGCUGCAGCUCACGGCCUCGGAUAAUGGUGUUCCCCCAAAGUCUGGCUCCACUUUGCUUAAGAUCAGCAUCUCUGACUCCAAUGACAACAGCCCAGCCUUUGAUGAACAGGCUUAUAUCAUUAAUUUACUGGAAAACUCCCCCCUUGGGACUCUAAUCAUUGAUUUAAACGCCACAGAUCCGGACGAGGGCACUAAUGGGAAAAUAGCCUACUCUUUUAGCAGUCAUGUCUCGCCAAAGAUCUUGGAAACAUUUAAGAUAAACCCAGAAAGUGGACACAUUACUCUUAUCAAAAAAGUGGACUAUGAAACCACUGCUUCCUAUGAGCUGGAUGUUCAGGCUCAGGACUUGGGCCCUAAUUCCAUUCCAGGGCUUUGCAAAAUUGUAGUGAAAGUGGUGGACGUGAAUGACAACAAACCAGAGAUUAACAUCAACCUGAUGACGCCAGGCAAAGAGGAAGUGGCCUACAUUUCAGAGGGGGCGCCUGUGGACACCUUCAUAGCUCUGGUGCGUGUGGACGACAGUGACACAGGGCUCAACGGGGAGGUGGUGUGUAGGCUGCAUGGUCACGGCCACUUCAGACUCCAGAAGACGUAUGAGAAGAACUACAUGAUCCUUACUAACAUCUCGCUGGACAGGGAGAAGAGGUCAGAGUACAGUCUGACAGUCAUAGCUGAGGACCGGGGCUCCCCCAGCCUCUCCACCAUCAAACAUUUCACCGUUCAGGUGCUGGAUGAAAAUGACAAUCCUCCACGUUUUGAGAAAAGCCGCUAUGAGGUCUUCAAAUCUGAGAACAACUCACCCGGAGCCUACUUGAUGACAGUGGUGGCUUCAGAUCCAGAUUUGGGCACCAAUGGCCAGGUUACCUACACCAUCAUAGAUGCUCUGAUCCAGGGGAGCCCCAUCUCCACUUACGUCACCAUUGACCCCUCAAAUGGUGCCAUCUACGCCCUACGCAGCUUUGACCAUGAAGACGUCAGUCGUAUCGCCUUCACCAUUCAGGCACGAGAUGGGGGAAACCCCGCUCUGUCUACCAACACCACCGUCCUCCUGACUGUCCUGGAUGAAAAUGACAACCCACCCAUCAUUCAUGCCCCCUCCCUCCGGAAUCACACCGCCGAGCUUCCGGUGUGGAAGUAUGCAUCUCCGGGUCAGCUGAUCACUGCGCUUAAAGUAACAGACAGGGACGCUGGUGCCAAUGGAGAGCUGAGCUGCGCCAUCGUUGGAGGUAAUGAGGACGGGUUGUUUGUGAUGGAUGCUCGGCGAUGCGAGCUCAGAACCAAUGCCAGCUUGGAGCAGGCUCCGAGGGAUGUAAUGGAGAUCAGGGUGGAAGUGCAGGACAGGGGAACCAGCAGACUGUCAACGGGGGCACUACUAAGGCUCUCCCUGCAGGAGAACAUGGACAUCCUCCCACCUCUGUACCCCACUGGAUCCAGCCAGGCCCAACUCGAUCUUUCCCUCAUCGUCAUAAUCUCUCUUGGGGCAGUUUGUGCUCUGCUACUCAUCGUCAUGGUGAUGUUUGCCACUGCCCGCUGCAGCCGUGAGAAAAAAGACCCCAGACACAACUAUAACUGUCGUGUGGCAGAGAGCAGCUACCAGAAUCAUCCCAAGAAACCCACAAGGCAGAUACACAAGGCAGAUAUCACCCUGGUACCAACCGUCAACGGAACUCUGCCUGUCCGGGCCCACCCACGGUCCCCCUCAGCAUCCCCUACACCUGAGAGGGGCACCCUGGGGAGCAGGCAGAGCCAUCAUAGCCGCCAGUCGCUCAACAGCCUGGUCACCAUCUCCUCCAAUCAUGUGCCAGAGAAUUUUGCCCUGGAACUGGCCCACGCCACACCUCCUGUAGAGCAAGUCUCACAGCUUCUGUCCAUGCUCCAUCAGGGCCAGUACCAGCCACGACCAAGCUUCAGAGGCAACAAAUACACCAGGAGCUACAGAUAUGCCCUGAAUGAGAUGGAUAAGUUCAGUCUAAAGGACAGCGGCCGUGGAGACAGCGAGGCUGGUGACAGCGACUACGAACCUGGCAGGGAGUCGCCCAUGGAUAGGCUCCUUGGUGAGGGCUUUACUGAGCUAUAUGCCCCUGAUGGCCAGCACAGAACGCAUGCAGCUAUGAGGCUCUGCACAGAGGAGUGUCGGGUCCUGGGUCACUCGGAUCAGUGCUGGAUGCCACCCCUGGCAUCGCCAGCCUCAUCGUCCUCCGACUACCGCAGCAACCUCUACAUCCCUGGAGAGGAAGCCCGCCAACCCGCCGACUUAUCCCAGGACAAGACCCCACAGCCGUGCACUGACACCGGCCCCGCCCGAAACCAGAGUUUCUCUACCUUUGGCAAGGACCUCAACGGGGAGGAUGGCGGUGAAGAAGAGGGUGGAGAAGAUAACAGAGGAGAGCCGACAGACGAAGACCUGUGUGGGACCACGUCGUUGCUGUCAGAGAUGAGCAGCGUCUUCCAGAGGUUGCUCCCCCAGGGUCUGGACUCCUACGUGCAGGUCACUGAGAACCAGAAGGGGACUAGCCUCAGCGGGGUUGGGGUACCAAUGACUGGAUCUUUAGAUCGCAGGAGGGGACACCUGCCCGGCAAGCCCAACCCCUCUGUCCACCAGCAAGGCGUGGCAGCCUGGGCCGCCAACACCCACUUCCAGAACCCAGGCAGCAGCAUUGGCCCAUCUGGCCACCACCAGGGUGGCAGCUACCACACCCUGAAGCCCAACACCAAGCUCAGCUGUCAGAGCAACAACCACAAGGGCUCGCAGGCGCCCAAAAACAGCCCCCAGAACAACGGCCAUACCCCUAAACCCCACAGCAGCCCUCUGCUCACGGCGCUGGUCAGCCCCACUCUGGUGCAGGCUUCCCCGGCCCCGGUGCCAGUGCCUGUGCCACUCCCUGGGCCCUCCUCCAAGUGGCUUCCGGCCAUGGAGGAGAUCCCAGAGAACUAUGAAGAGGACGAUUUCGACUCUGUGCUCAGCCACCUUCAGGGCAAGCGCAGCGACAGCCGACACGAGCUAGUUGACGCCAGCGAGCUGGUGGCAGAGAUCAAUAAACUGUUACAGGAUGUCCGGCAGAGCUAGACUUCCUGUUUCUUAUCCUGUUAAUUUAUUCACCACCCGCUGACCGAGUGAAGGUCUCUGGGUGGCAAAAGAAGGACAGAAAAAGAACUGAAAUAAGAGACAAAGACGGAAAAAACAAGACCUGCAAUUGUCGUUAAAGUUGCAUUUCUAAUGUAAUAAUUGUGUUUUGUGAAUGCUAAAUAUCCAAAAAAUUGUUUGUAAUUGCUGGUUUGGUACACAAUGUACACUAUGUGACUGUAUUUAUCUUUGUAUUUUAAAAAUACAUUUGUAUACUUAUAUUUAUAAAAAAAAAUGUAUAUAAACUUAAUCAGAAAUUUAUUUUUAUAUUUUGAACGCAUGUUGAGUACAAAACUGUUGAAUCAAGACUUUGACAUGCGAUCGACAUUCUGCAUAUUUAAAAUGUCAUUUGUAUUGUGAUUUUUUUUAUUUGUCACUAUGUUAUGUAUACAUGAAUAUA